AUGCUUCGCAACUUAGUCGUCAGGAAUGCGUGCAGAAACAGACCGUCAAUUCAAGUGGCAAGGGGGCUAUGCCGACACCAAACAAGACGUCUCAUGGCUUCGUCCCCCCAGUUUGGCAGGAAUUCCAAUCAAGAAAAGACAGCGGGCUUCAUAAUGGGGAUUCUUUCUAUGGCUGGUGCCUUAUAUUUCAUUGCUCCUAACAGGAAGCCUCUUUUCGCCUCAAGAAAGGUAGAAUCCGAUAAGACCGCGGAAGAAGAGCUUUCGAGUGGUGGUGAGCAAUCACCAGAAAAUGGAAAUGACAAUGACAGUAAUAACGAUGAAAUUGAAGCUGGGGCUCAAUUAGGCGGUGAUAAGAUUGGUGCUUCAAAAGUAGCCGAAGAUGGUGAAUUGGUUGUUCUAGCAGAGGAAGAUGACAAAUCUUCCGGAGAUAAGGAAACUGAUGAAUCGCAGGUUAACGUGCCAUCGGAAGAUGGUGAGCAAUCCAAUGAAGGGAAUGACGCUUCCGAAGAAGAAAAGGACAAAAAUGCAAGUGCUGAGAGUUCGGAAGAAAACACUAAUGACAGAGCACUGAACAACGGUACUGAAUCUUCUGAAGAAAAUGAUUUCAAACAUCCAGAUGAUAAAAAAUUGCAACAGAAACAAUCCGAUGACAGAGCAACUACUCAAGAGGAUAAUGGAGAAGACAAAUCUGCUGAACAAAAUCCAAGUGAUUCGGAGAAAUUGACUAAGCAAACUGAAUCUAGUGAUGAAGACAAAGAAGAACUAAGAAAACAAGAAGAAAAACAAAUGGGUCCUACAGAAGAGGAGGUUCAACACGAGGGUGCUUAUAACCCAGAUACUGGUGAGAUUAAUUGGGACUGCCCCUGUUUGGGAGGUAUGGCUCAUGGUCCUUGCGGUGAAGAAUUCAAAUCUGCAUUUUCGUGCUUUGUCUAUUCCGAAGCUGAACCAAAAGGCAUUGACUGUGUUGAAAAGUUUCAACAUAUGCAAGACUGUUUCAGAAAACACCCCGAGCAUUAUGCAGAACAACUAAAGGAAACAUCUGACGAUGAGGAAUCUCAAGAUAAAGCAAAGACCAACACAAUAGAAUCAGCACCAAAUGUGUCAAGCGCAAAGGAAAAUGCUGCAAAAAAAGCAGAGCAAUCAGAUGUGAAAAAAGAACCAUUGAAUGAGGAAUCCAAAUCUUAA